AUGGUGGGUGGUCAAGUUCUUCAAUUCACAUUGCUGCUGCUGCUUUUCAGUGUAUCCGAAUCAGAUAUCAUCCCUUCCCAGAUACAACUAAACAUCAAACAAGCUCAAUCACCUGCUGCUGCUUUGGAUCUUCUUCCACUUCUUGCCCCUUCACCACUCAUGCCAUUCACCAACCUUACCCUGCCACAUUUAUCAGGAAAGUGUCCACUGAACUUCUCAAAUGCUGAAAGUAUACUAGCCACAACAGCAAUUGAUUGCUGGAGUUCAUUGGCUCCAUAUCUAGCCAAUGUCGUUUGUUGUCCUCAGCUCGAUGCUGCAAUCAAGAUCCUUAUCGGCCAGUCUAGUUUAUCUUCCGAGACUCUUGCAGUUGGCCUGCCUCACGCCAACGACUGCCUCUCGGAUAUCGCACAAAUUUUACAAGCUCGAGGUUCUAAUAACGACCUUCUCAACAUAUGCUCAAUAUACCCAUCAGAACUCACACAAUCUUCUUGCCCUAUGGUUCGUGUUUCCGAUAUUGAAAACACUCUGAGCAACGUUCCUACGAUUCUUGAAUCGUGUGAGAGGAUUGAUCCGGUGAAAGAGUGCCGCCAUAAAGUUUGUCAGAUGGCGAUCACGGAUGCUGCUGUAGAGAUUGCUUCAACGAAUUACAGUAUGCCGGAUAUGGUUGGAGCUGAACCUCUAUCGCCUGUUCGUGUGGCCAUGAUUGAUGAUUGUAGGAAGAUUGUUCUUCGAUGGCUGGCGAGUAGACUCGAUCCCGCAGAUGGAAAUAAAGUUUUACGAGGGAUUUCUAGUUGCAAGAUCAACAAAGUUUGUCCGCUCGUCUUUCCCGACCUGAAAAUUGUUACGAAAGAAUGUGGAGAUAAGAUUAGUAACGAGACCACUUGUUGUGAUGCUAUGGAGAAGUACAUUGCUCGGUUGCAAGUACAAAGCUUCGUUACAAACUUGCAAGCCUUCAAUUGUGCGUAUUCGCUUGCUGCAAAUCUGCGAAAAGCGAACGUCUCCCACAACGUGUACAACAUUUGUGGCGUAAAACUCAAAGAUUUCUCUCUCCAAGUUGGAUCACAAGACUCUGGUUGCCUCUUCCCAAGUUUGCCCUUUGACGUCACGUAUGAUCAAAGUUCAGGAAUCGGGUUCAAAUGCGACCUUAAUGACGACGUUCCAGCGCCAUGGCCUUCUUCUUACGCUUAUUCUCCUGCUCCAUCAUCUAAUAUAAGUGCAUCUGAUCUUCCAGCACUUCCCAAAGCAGCAUCUGAUCAGAGUGGUGAGCUUAAUUCUUAA